AUGGACGAGCUUAAGGACCAGCACAACUCCAACGCGCCAAAUGGGUUUAUGCAAGACACGCCACCAAGAGCUGAUGUCGAUGAGAUCCUGAGACGGAAGCGGAAAGCGCGAGAGUACAAGCGCAAGGUCAAAUGCGACCAGAACGUGCCGUGCAAGACAUGCGUCGCCCGCGAACAUCCCGAGCUGUGUACCUACCACCCGCCGAGCGAGUCGCAUCCGCCUGCGAAACGAAUUAACCUGGGACUCGGGCAGAAUAAUGGCCAUGACUUCUCCAACGGCCUCGUUCAUAUACACGGCGGGACAGUUACGCUGCCUCGCGAGGACUGGGAACGCAUUUGCGGCAAGCUGCAGCAAGCCGAAAAGUCGCUCAGUGACUUGAAGAACGCCGUCGGCAGCGUCGCGGAGAUACCACCGCCUAUGAACGGCUUUUCACCUGCUGACGGAUCUGGAAACACGCCCCUGGCGGCAGCGGCGCCCAUGGACGGCGAACAGAGCCACGUUCGAACCCAAGGAAUACACACACGCAACGACAUCACCGGCCAGACAAUACACAUCGGUCCCAGCUCAGUACCGGCACUCGUCAUGGCAUUAGGGAGGGGAGAUACACAAUGGGCGCCGGGUGUGCAAGAUCUUUUAGGCAAGAAGAGCAUGCUACCGAUCUUUGGCCUGGACAACGAGAGCGCUACAUAUCCCUUUGUCGAUCUUUGGGGUCUGCCGCACGGGUCCAUAGCACGCGCCCAAGAGCUUGCGAACGCAUUACCGAGCGACUCUGAAUGUCUGAGUUUCUUCCGGAGCUAUCGCGAAACGGCACACGCUGUAUACCCCGCCGUUGCCGACAUCGAGGCCAUCGAAUCCGAUCUUCUGCUCUUCCUGAUCAAUCGUGCAAGCGCACAAGGCACCAACGGCAUCACAGACCAACAGAUAUAUGGCAAAGACUUUCAUUGGAUAGGCAUGGUCUUUGCCAUACUGGCUUCAGGCUGUCAAUGCUCAAGUCUGUCGCGAAGGGAGAGAGAACUGACAUCGCAGGUUUACGUCUGUUGCAGUUUCGAAUGCUUACGCUUCACCAACUUCCUGUCGCACGCGACUAUCGAGAAUAUACAAACACUCCUGAUCCUCGGAAACGUCAUCUCAAAUAACAUGAAUGCCGGGGUUGCUUGGAGUCUAAUGGGGUUAACCGUCCGCCUUUCCCAGACGCUAGGGCUACAUCGACAAUGUCCCCCGUCAACCCCAGUGCAGCAAAGGGUGGUUAGGAGCAAGACCUGGUGGGCACUUCUUUGGCAGGACUCGCUGCUGUCUGUCUCGUACGACAGAGCCUCGUCGACCACCACCAUCGAUCAUACCGUACCCAUGAGUCAGCACACAGCGCCGGGGACGAGGACAUACGUCGAGAGCAUGUACCGACUGUGUAAAGUGGGUCUGGAUAUAGUGCGUGAGCGUCAAAGGCCACAGAACUCGCAUGACGCCCUGAUACGCAUCACCGAACAUCGCAACGAACUCCAAGAAAUCAUGAUUGAUGCUGCAGACUACCUCAAGGACUCCAGGAGAUGUCGGUCCAUGCGCGAUCAGCUCGAACAUUGGGCAUUAUACCUGCACAUAUCGUACGUCACAUCUGAGCUCUGCCGGCCAGCCAUCAGUCCAGCCACUGUCAACCUCGAUCUCUCCAAGACACUGCGCAAGACAUGCAUCGACAGCCUUACCAACACUGUCGAAGCGUUCCUCGGUCUACAAAACAUGACACCGUUCGCGACCCGUUCCUGGUCCGCUGUGCAUCGUUCCCUGAGCUCUGCCCUACUGCUUGGUAUCCUUGGCGAGCAUAACCGCAACGAACGAGCGCGCAGUCUAUUACAGAAUGUGAUUCAAGUCCUCACAGACGUGACCAAGGACGUGGAUCCUGCUGAGCUCGCCACGCCCAUCACACGGUCCGUCUCGGCUUUGGAGCGGUUACUGAGGAUAACCACGACGCAAAACCGCAAGCCGAGUGAAUCAGGUUCACAGGCUUCACCUACUAUGCACGUCUUCACUGCACAGGACAUCAACAACGCCCUCAAGGGAGACGCUGAAAAUAUGUUCUCGCAAUCACCACUUCUUGGAUUGGAUCUCGACUCCUCACCGUAUGCGCUCAUGGAGAGUAUUGUGUGGGGUGCGCAGAAAUCACCUUGA